AGCGUUGGAUUCAUUCAUGGUUGUAUGUAUUCUCCAAUAUAAGAUCUGGAGCUCACCGUUAAUUUCUAAAAAUGUUGAAAACGGAAGGUUUGGCAGCGAGUGUCAACGGUAACGUUCUGCCACUGACAUGUUUACAUAACGUCAUUGUUUAACUUUUAGGUCCCUAAUCGCGUCCUGUUAUUAUCACAGAAGUUACUCUUUUGCCAUGCGUACGCGUAGUGUAGAACUACAUUACAUUUAGCAAAACGUGGUCAACCAAGUUAAUAGCGCACCGGGAGUGUCCGGUAGAUUUCAUUAGGCCACCUGAACCGCGAGAUUGGGCAAGCAAGCUGCUGAACUGCACGAGACGGCAGCAACCGCAUUUGGGGAGGAAGUGAUGUCUGACAAACAUUUGACAGCAAAGCGUGCACGGAAAUAGUCGUUGGAAAUUUCGCUUAUUUUGGACAUUUUCCUUUCACACCGUUGAGGGAUGUGAGAAUGGAGCUGGCUCAUCAUGGCUUGGUGCUUCUUCAAAGGCUGAAUGCACAACGGGAGUUUGGCUUUCUCUGCGACUGCACUGUAGUCAUCGGAGAUGUUUUCUUUAAAGCUCACAAGGCUGUGCUGGCUGCCUUCUCCAACUACUUCAGAAUGCUCUUCAUUCACCAGGACAGUGAGUGUGUGCGCCUGAAGCCGGCGGACAUCCAGCCUGAGAUCUUCAGCUACCUCUUGAACCUGAUGUACACGGGAAAGCUGACCCCUCAGCUCAUCGACCCCCUGCGACUGGAGCAAGGAGUCAAGUUCCUGCACGCGUACCCUCUCCUGCAGGAGGCCAGCUUGGAUAUCCAGGCCAGCAUUCAGAACGCCGUGCUAGCCAACUCGCUGUACGGCAUUCAGAUCUCUGAGCACCUCACCUCCUCCUCGAGCCCCACCACCUCGCCCCCUCACAACAAGCGGAAGCGCCCGCCUUCCCCUUCUCCUACUCGCGCUGAGAAUUCAGUCUGUAGUAUGCCCAAACAGGAGCGUGAAGCAGGCAUGAUGGAAGUCGCCUCUUCUGAUUUACCCAGUGUACUGUCAGUGGAGAGGAAGGCGGCAGCGUGUAGUUCGGCCGCGGUGGCCCCUUCUCCGUGUCCGCCGCUCCCACUCCCGCUCCCGCACGUGCAGGUGGGGAUCGCCCAGCGCACCGCCUCCCGCAGGAAGCACCACACCUGCAGCCGCUGCGGCAGCCUCUUCACCCAGCGCAGCCAGCUCCGGGAGCACAUGCUGCUGCACUUCCAGCAAGGCACCGCGGUCGCAGCGCAGCUGAGCCUCAGCACUUACGGCGCCCAGCAGGUGGACUCUGCAGCGUCACAUCCCCAGGAGGCUGCGGCGGGUAGUAGUACUGGUGGGCACAGAAGCAGGGAGGUGACGCCCGACAGCUCUCUCGCCGAGCCCGAAGCGGAGGAAGAGGCCACGCGAGCCGACAGCGACGUGGUCAACAGCGACAGGGAGUCGCCGUCCCUACUGAUGCAGCAGCAGGGCGAGGAUUCCACGCCGCCGCCCUCCGACAUCGCCGACAUCGACCGCCUGGAGGAGGGGUCGGCGGCGGCGGAUAGCGCCAUGAUGGGAGGAGACGAGAAGCGGAGGCGCUUCCAGUGCCCCACCUGCGGCCGCAAGUUCCUGCAGCGCAGCCACUGGCGCGAGCACAUGUACACGCACACGGGGAAGCCGUACCGCUGCAGCGCCUGCCACAAGUCCUUCUGCCGCGCCAGCCAGGCCGCGCGCCACACCUGCCGCCUGCUGACCCAGGACGCCUACACCAUGGUGGACCCCCAGUGCCUGCUGCUGUGCGACGGCGUGGACGGCAGCCAGACCGAGGCGCUCUUCCUGCCCUCCAACCGGCCGUACAAGUGCCACGCGUGCACCAUGCCCUUCAGUAGCCCCGCCGAGGUGUUCAAACAUCACUGCAGCACCACAGCAGCUGCCAGCGUGCAGGCUCUUGUGCACCCUCAAGAUACUACUACAACUACAGCCCAAAGCAGCGGCUCAAGAGAUGCAAGUCCAGCUCUGUCUGAAGGGGCUGAAAGCUGAAUUGAAGAACUGGCCAUUGUGCACGUGUUUAUGGGACAAGAACAUGCCUUUCUUUAAUUAUAAUUAUUUAGCUGUGUACCGUUUGACCUUGUGCUUACUGUUCAAAUUGAUGUAUAAGUGAACGUGUUCACUUAUAAAUUAUUUUCUACCAUUGGAAAUAUUGUUUACUUUUUUAUAGAGAUUAAACCUUUUUAUUCAGAUUGGAAGAAUGUC